UGGAGCAAGGGGCUCCCUGCUUUUGUUAUAUUGCAAACCUACUCUAUAUCAAAUAGACCACAACUAAAUAUGGAACUUCCCACUACAGAAAGGUCUGGUUCGCAACAAGGCAAGCUUGCCAAAGGCCAAACACGAUCCGAGCUCACGCCCGAACAAAUACAACAACAAAACAUACUAAGGCUAAAUGGGUUUAGUUCUUCAACUAUACUAAAGAACGCUAGUGUCAACAAUAGUGCUACAGGAAGUCCGAUAUUGAGCGGUGCUGGCUAUUCUGAUAUCGGACUAGCCUCAGCAUCUCGUAUAGUUCCCAAUGGUAACAACGGAUUCAAUGCAGAGCCAAACGAAAGGAGCACUGACGGCAUCAACAAUGGAGACAUACCACUGAAUAGUAUAAGCAACCCGGAUGAAGAAAUAGAUGAUGAUGCACUGGAGGAUAUGGAUAAGUUUGGACUUAAGGGAUUGAUAUCACUUUUGAGGCAUGAAGAUAACGAUCAAAACAAUAUAGCCAAAGGUAUAGAUUUGAACAUGCUUGGAUUGAACUUAUCCUUGGAUAACAAGUCGCAUAUUCUUUCAAAGACAUUAUCAUCCCCAUGGUUGGAAACAAGCAGGUCUGAAGUUGAGCCAUUGUUUACCAAGCCCGACAGUUUCACAAUCAAACCAAACGACCUAUUGCCAAUAGAAGACCGUAUAUCUUCUUUUAAUGAUUUGACUCUUUUCUUUAUCUUUUAUACAAAACCACGGGAUAUCUUACAAGAGCUAUCUGCUAGGGAGCUAAAUAGAAGAAACUGGAGGUAUCACAAGGAACUGCAAGUGUGGCUCACAAAAGACACAAAUAGCGAACCAAAGGCUGCCGGCAUAGGUGCUGAAGAAGGUACAUACAUAUUCUUUGAUCCAGUUUCUUGGGAGUUUGUUACCAAGACUUUAGUUUUGUAUUAUAAUUCAAUCAUUUGAUUCAACUACGUAUAAUUGUAUAAUUCUUAUCCUAUAGAUAGUAGUUGACAGAACCGACUAAUCCAACGAGCAGAUCUCUGUAGCAGAAAGACCGUUGAGUAGUCACGCUGCAACUUUGGUAGAAUUAUAGCACAGGGCACAAGUAGGUGGUUGUCGAAGAUUUACGAACAAAGGGUAUUUUUCCGUGA